UCGAGAUCAGUGUAGCCUACCUACAGAGGUGGAGGGAUGAUGCCACCGUCUCGUAAUAACGGACAGUGCACGACCUGACCGCGUCAUCGAAAUUAAGAAUAGAAACCGUUAUUACGACAUAUUGGGGCAGUAAAAGAAAGGGAAAGACAGUUUAUUAAUCAAAAAAAUAUCUUAUUAGAAAGAAAGGAAAAUACUUGAAACUGGAUGAACUCCCUGGCUCACAUCCACAAAAGUGAUUUUGUCAUUAUGAAGAAGAGCAAUUUAGCCAAACGGGGUCCUCAAGAUGUCAACCAGCUGUCAUCGCAGCCAGACAAAGUCGGCUGGAUCCGCAAGUUCUGUGGUAAAGGGAUUUUUAGGGAAAUAUGGAAAAACCGUUUCGUGAUACUGAGAGGAGACCAUCUGUACAUCUCUGAGAAAGAGGUGAAGGAUGAGAGGAAAGUCCAGGAGUUGUUUGACCUGGCUGACUACGAACGCUCUGAGGAGCUGCGCAAGGCCAAGAGCCGCAGUAAGAAGAACCACAGCAGGUUCACCCUGCUCCGCUGCAAGCAGCCUGGGAAUAUAGUUCCCAAUCUUGUGUUCUUGGCUGUUAGCCCCGAGGAGAAGGAGUCGUGGGUCAAUGCCCUCAAUACAGCCAUCAUCAAAGCCAAGAACCGCAUUUUUGAUGAGGUUACAAUUGAAGAGGACAGUGUCCUGGUGCACCCUACACGUGAUCGUGCCAAGAUUCCCCAUGCACGGCGCUUGCCCACCCGGGGACAUCUCAUGGCUGUGGCAUCCACCUCCUCAGACGGAAUGUUGACCCUUGACCUUGUCCAUGAGGAAGAUGACUCCACCCCAGAAGAUGAGGAAGAAGGCUUCUGGGAAAAUAACUUCAGGGUUGACCUAGACAAAUGGACCACAGGUCGUCAGCGUUCUGGCACAGACGUCUCCAAACUCUGCGUCACCACAAAGGACCUAAGGGUACCCAAGACGGGCAGCCUGCCUCGCGGGAGCGAGCUCUCCUGGGACCGGGCGCACCAUCUUGAGGCUCAGUCCCGUACCCCUCCACCAGGGAAGAGGUUCAGUGCCCAAGGUAGGAGCCGCUGCGCCUCCAUGGACGAGGUCCAUUCCUUGCGGCCAGUCAGGGGUGUCCUUCACCCUCGCCCCAUAGGUGAACCUGUCCAGCCUGUCGGACCACUGCAGAGUCUUAUCGCCCAGAAAAUGCAGAGGGCUCAGGAACUGCUGGAAGAAAUGCGAUUGGAGGAACUGCAACGUGCAAAAGGCUUAGACUCGCCCUACCUAAAGGGCAUUGACUCACCCCGUUUGUACCAUCUAAGAGGCUUUGAGUCUCCUCACUCCAGGGCCUCAGGUUCACCUCGCAGUAAGAGUAGUGACUCCCCUCGUUUGAGGGUGAAAGACUCGCCUCGUUUGAGGGGGAAAGACUCGCCUCGUACGAAGGGCAAGAAGUCCCGCUCAAAAGGUACAGACUCACCCCAUUCAAAGAGGGCUGACUCUCCUAAUUUGAGGGGUAACAACUCUCCCCGUCUCAGGGCUACUGACUCGCCACGUAUGAAGGGUUUGGAUUCUUCCAGUUUCAAGGAAACAGACUCGCCAAGUCUGACGGGUUCUGACUCCCCACGUCUCAAGAACAUUGGUUCACCCUUUUCAAAAAGUUUUGACUCAUCAAGUCUGAAGGGUUCUGACUCGCCUCGCAUCAAGGAUACUAUUCUGAGGGGUAAGGACUUGCCAAAUAUAAUUGGUAAGAACUCCCCAAGUCUGAAGAGUAUCGGCUCACCUUCUCUGAAAGGUGCUGACUCACCCUGUCUGAAGGGUAAUGACUCACUCCAUAGUAAGAGUGCAUACUCACUUCUCAGUGACUGUGAUUUGGAGAGUAGACGGGCAGAGGCGGAGCGACUUCUGCAGGAGGCCGUCUCCUCCUGGCGUCAGGCUAAGGAGGUGCUGGAGGAGGUGAAGGAGCUGCAGACGCAGUCACUAAACCGCCGCUCUGAAAAGAAGACAAUAGACAGGCCCCCAACACCGCCACCGGACUAUAGGCUGGAGGACGCAUGCCUCUGUCGCCACCACAGCUGAAAAGCACGCUGGGUUGUCUCCAAACAAAGAGAAAAUAAAAGAGCACUAGGGGCAUGGAGUAAAUACAUUUUUGUCACGUUUUGUUGUCAUUACAUGCCAGUGUUGAAGUAUAAAGCUUUUAGGCUUUAUUGCUCCCUUUGCAUUUUCCUAUCUUGAUCCUUGCAUUCAGAAAGUAUUCAGACCCCUUCACUUUUUCCACAUUUUGUUACGUUACAGCCUUAUUCUAAAAUGGAAUAAAUACAUUUUUUCCCUCAUCAAUCUACACAUAA